UCAUAUUCUCCAGUCAGGCCAGCAGCAGAUUCUUCUUCUGAACUUCCAGACCAGCUGCACCCUGUGGAAGAGUUUUCCAGCUCUGGGAGAGACUCCUCAUCAUCAUCUUCAGACAUCAAGUGUCCACCCAGAGGUCCAGACCUUCGACAUGACACCCUCAGGAGACGUCCUCUUCUUCUCUGGUCAGCAGCUCCAAGUGGCUUGUGAGGUGAUUCUGGAUAUGUCAGGAGAGGAAGCAAGCCCAGACAUUGUUUUCAUGGAGACAGAAGAUUCUCCAUCAGUGGAUGAAGAUCAGUGGUCCAUGUUGGAGCCCAGUCCAGAUUCUAGCCAGAACUCUUCAGAGUCGGACCAGGACGAGCCAGUGUCUCAGGAAGACUUGUUUUCUGCAUCUGAAUAUGUGGAGGACAUUUACUGGAACUUGAGGGCCACAGAGGAGCGGUUCAGACCAAAGCCAGGCUACAUGGACCAUCACCCACAGACCUUGGAGAACAUCAGGCCCUUCACAGUGGACUGGCUGACCCGAAUCACCACAGACCUCGGGCUCGACACAGAGACUCUGCAUCUGACCAUCAACUACUUGGACCGGAUCUUCUCCAAAUCCAGAUCAAUGAAACUACAGGACCUGACUCUGAUCGGAACGACUGCUCUGUUCAUUGCUACGAAGCACCAGAGCAGGAACCCCCCGGAGGCUCAGGUGUUUGUCCCACGAGAUGGAAGCUACACAAAGAAAGAGUUGCUAGAGAUGGAGUGGCGUCUCCUCAAAACCCUGGACUUCACUCUGUCAGCCCCCACGGCCUACACCUUCCUUCACAUCUUCAUGUCCAUCUACCCUGUUUGUGAGACCACACAGAACCUGGCGGUGUUUCUGGCAGACUUGAGUCUGAUGGACGUGAACUUGUUGGUGCGACACGACUCGUCUAAAGUGGCAGCUGCAGCUCUGUUCAUGGCCAACUACAGAGUCAACAGAGAGAACUGGCCUGAAGACCUGGAAAACUUCUCUGGUUACUCCUUGGAGGACCUCGCCGAGUGUAUGGAAACCAUGUACAAGCUGGAGCUGCUUCACUCAGAGCUCCCUCUACAGGCCAUCAGGUCAAAGUUCACAAAGUCAAUGUCUGUGGUCCAGUGUUGUUCACCAUCUUCACCUGUCUGCACAGCAUCGAUCUACAACUCAGUGUUCUGACCGAGCUGGACUGGAUCUGAACUCACGUUCAACUGUUUUUAAACGUGUUUCUUUUGGCAGAACGUCACCUGUGUGGAACACAAGAGUCACUGUUUCUGCAGCCCAUUUUUAAAGGAGGAUUAUAUUUUUGCUCUUUGUACAUAUUUUAUUAUUUUAUAUUCUA